UGGAAACGUAACUUAACAUGACAUCAUUAUAAACUUCAUUUGUUUUCAUAAUAAAUAUUGCACGGCUCUAUAUUACAUAUAAUAUAAGUGCAAUGGCGGACAUGCAAUCCGCUCUCUUAGAGAUUGAGACUUUAAAUCAAGAACACCAAGCAAGCAAAAAGGGUGAAAGUUCAUGCAGUGAAGAUGGAAUGGAGAAGGAGGUACAUAGUCGAAGAGACAAGAAGAAACACAAGCACAAACAUAAACAUAAGCACAAACAUAGCAACGAUCGAAAACGGCACAAACAUAAGCGUAAAAAGCACAGGUCAGAGAAAUACCAAGCUUCAAAGGAUGACAGUGACCAGAAAGGGCGAUUAGAAGACAAUGACCUAGCUAAGCUGGAAGCGGCCAGAGAUGCUAUCCGUGCCCAUUUAAAUGGGGAGAAAAAUGCACAGAUAAUGAAUGCUAUGGCACUUAUAGCUCAGGGUUAUGGGUCAGAUUCUGAGGAAGAAGCUGAAGAAGGUGAGAUUGAAAAUCAGAAAGUGAAGCUAUCUCCCGAGCAGUCUGAUCCCCAUUCAAAAGAAGAUGACUACCAUCCUCCCCAUCAUCAUCAUCAUCAUCACCACCAUCACCACCACCAUUCCCAUAGUCAUGGUAGUGAAAGUAAUUCUCAAAAGACUGAAUCUGUUUAUAAAAAAAAUGACAGUUCUUACUAUAGAGAAGGCUCUUAUUACAACAAAAAUAAUCAAGCAGAAGAUUCACAUCAGAGGGAGAGAGAACCUUCUGAUAAUAGCAACUAUGCGAGAAACUAUGAUUAUGAAUAUUACUCUCCUCCAAUGCAUGCAUCCGCACAUGAGUUAGAUGUAACAACACAGCGAGAAUGCGACACCAGAAUUGUCAUUGACCACAGUGAAGAUAAUGCUACUUAUUUUGCAAACAGAAAGAGCACGGGGCAGACAUCACAGUCGUCAUCUCAUAAAUCUAAAGGGGAUAAAUUAGCUUCUUCAGUAAGUACACCGAUGCGAGAAGACUCGGUGGAGAGAUACUUAGAACAGUUUUUACAGCAGAGUCGGAGAUCAACAAGUCAUUCUCCACAUAUGGCAUUUCCUAAGUCGAAAGAGAAACAGUCGUCUGAAAAAAACUCUGAAAGGGAAUCUUUGCGCCAUGAGAGGAGUAGUAAAAAGUAUUCUGAUGGAGAUCGAAAUGUGGUCUGGAUUGAUUCAGAAACAAAUAACUCUCAUUAUCGAUCAGAACAUGACCAACACAAGCAUUCCUCUCCUCCAAGGAGACGGACAUCGGUUGAACGCUCACCUCCUCACAAACGCUCUCGAAGCUCUCCAAAGCGCAUAUCACAUGACUCAAAAUCUAAGCAUCGUUCUAAUUCACCUUUACAUCGGUCCAAGAGAGACAGUAGCCCAAUAUCUCGUCAGCGCUUUGACAUUGGACGAAAGCAACACAAAACUUCUCAGCUGUCCUCUACUAACAACAACGAUGAUGAUGAUGUUCUCAUUGUGAGUGAAAGUAGAGGAUACAGUAAAAGAGCUGAUAAGUACCGUUUCCGUAGGUCAAGGAGUAGAUCCCCAAAUCGUAUGAAGCAUCGUGGAAGAGAUAGAAGCUACUCUCCUAGGAGAUAUGGACGAAGCAGGUCACCUCGUGAUAGGAAACAAAGAACUACUGAAGAUCGUCGUGCUAAGCGCCAUGCUGAAGAGUUUAAAGGACCUGUAGAUAAAUUCAAAGACAGUUUGUCUGAGGGUUUGUUUUUGCAAGUUGAAAUAUCUUCUGAAGAAGAAGGUGAUUUAGAUUUUUCUGAAAAGGAAGAUGAUGAUGUGGAUGCAAUUAUUGAAAAACGUAGGAAAGAAAGAGAAGCAUUGUUAGAGACUUUGAAAACCAGCAAAGAUGAUGCUGAAACACCAGCUUCUGUGGAGGAGGAUACUGAGAAAAAUGAAAAUGUCGAUGAGGUGGAGCCUUUUGAAGAGGCACCUGAGGUAGCUGACGAAAAAGAGGAUGAAGAAGAAAUAGAAAAUAAAGAAGCAUAUGAAGAUGAAGAUGAAAAUGCUAUAGAUGUAGACGAUGAUUCUGAUAAUAGUUCUUCAACAUCAUCAUCGUCAGCCUCAUCAUCAUCAUCGUCGUCGUCAUCUACAGAAAGCAGUGAUGAUGAGUCAGAAGAUUCAAAACUCAAGAACUCUAAUGAUGUUCCGAUGGAUGUAGAUUUGGAUGAUUUCGAGAACAUAAUUAAACAAAAGCUGGAAACAUUGGAAAGUUUAGAUAAUGAUUCUGAACCCUUGUUACAACCUUCACUCAAUGACUCAUUAUCUAACAAGAAGGCUGUGCCGGUGAGGUCAGGAAUUGACAUGUUUGCAGAAAAUGAAACUCUAGAUGAAUACCAUGAUGUUUGUGUGGCAAACUAUACUGGUGCUGUUCAUGAAAACCCAAGUCUGACAGAUAACUGGGAUGAUGCUGAAGGAUACUACAGGGUCCGGAUUGGAGAAGUUCUUGAUAAACGCUACACUGUGUAUGGCUAUACAGGCCAGGGAGUGUUCAGUAAUGUAGUGAGAGCCCGAGAUGCAGCACGAGGAAAUUUAGAUGUAGCUGUUAAAAUUAUAAGAAAUAAUGAAAUGAUGCAUAAAACAGGUUUGAAAGAACUUGAGUUCCUUCGCAAAUUGAAUGAUGCUGAUCCUGAUGAUAAGUUUCACUGUUUGCGUUUGCAUCGGCAUUUCUUCCAUAAGAACCAUUUGUGUAUGGUAUUUGAGUCUUUGAACAUGAAUUUAAGAGAAGUAUUGAAGAAAUACGGCAAAGACAUUGGUUUACAUAUUAAAGCUGUCAGGUCAUAUUCCCAACAACUAUUUCUAGCUCUCAAGCUUCUCAAGCGGUGCAGCAUAUUACAUGCUGACAUCAAACCAGAUAACAUUCUUGUGAAUGAAACUAAAUUAGUUUUAAAGUUAUGUGAUUUUGGUUCAGCUUCCCAUGUAUCAGAAAAUGAUAUUACACCUUAUUUAGUUAGUCGAUUUUACAGAGCUCCUGAAAUUGUUAUUGGCAUGGGCUAUGAACAUGCUAUAGACAUGUGGUCUGUUGGUUGCACUAUCUUUGAACUGUAUACGGGAAAAAUUUUAUUUCCUGGACAAUCAAAUAAUGAAAUGCUGAAAUUUAUGAUGGAUGUAAAAGGGAAAAUGCCCAACCGUAUGGUACGCAAAGGAAUGUUUAAAGAUCAACAUUUUGAUAUAAAUUACAAUUUCUUGUAUCAUGAAGUUGACAAAGUAACUCAUAGGGAAAAAGUAACAGUGCAUAGCAGCAUCAGUCCAAGUAAGGAUCUUCUUCAGGAGCUUGUGGGAUACCAACGGUUACCAGAAGAUCAGUUACGUAAAGUAACUCAACUAAAGGACUUAUUAGAAAAAAUAUUGAUGCUUGAUCCCAGUAAACGCAUCAGUAUAAACCAGGCUCUUACUCAUCCCUUUAUUCAAGAAAAAAUGUGAAGACAAGGGAUUUCACUGAUGGUUAACUCUUCACUGUUUCUCAUUUUCUUUCCCUUUAUCUUCAUAUUUAAAAAUUCAAGACAUUGUAAAAGAAAAAUGCUAAAAUAAAAAAAGUUCUUUUCACUUGUAUAAAAAAAAAAAUUAAACCUCCAAGUAGUAUUUGCUCUGAAAAUAGUUGAACUGAAUUGUUAAUAUUGAGCAAUGCAAAUGUUCAUUAAAUUGAGGUAAAUAUGCCAAACCC